AUGUCUUGGUACAUUGAAGAGCAGGAGCCAGUUUAUCUUGAUUAUAAUGCGACCACUCCUUUGGAUCCGUCGGUGAAGACUGCAAUCACUGCAGGCCUGGAGUUAUGGGCAAAUCCAGCCAGUGGCAACCCUAUAGCACUGAAAGCUAGAGAAGAAAUUGAAAAAGCGCGAAAGUCCCUAGCUGAGCUGCUUCACGUGACAGGUGACGAAGUGAUCUUCACUUCCGGAGGGACUGAAGGGAAUAAUUGGGUGAUUCGCUCAGCCGUGGAAAAGUUCAAAAGGGAACAUCCAAAUCAGACACCGCAUAUAAUCUGUUCCGCUGUAGAGCACCCGUCUAUCCUCGAACCACUGCAUCACCUGAAAGAUAACGGCGAAAUAGAGAUUUCCGUGCUUCCCAUAGAUCCGAAAACCGGACAGAUAACAGCCUCCGACGCCCUUCAGCUUGUAACUCCUUCAACAUGUCUUGUAACGGUUAUGUUGGCCAACAACGAGACUGGUGUACUUCAGCCGAUAUCUGAUCUCAGCGAUUUUGUCAGAAAGGCGUCAGCCAAGCACGAUGAGCAACGAUUAUGUCCAUCAAAAACUAAUUUUUUUGGAAUAGCGCGAUCUAUAAAGUUCGACUCAAAUGCGAUCUACUCAGGUACAACUGUUCUUCUUCACUCGGAUGCUACGCAAGCAAUUGGCAAAAUAGAUGUAAACCUUGCAGAAUUAAAGGUGGAUGCAAUCACUAUAGCUGGGCAUAAGUUCUAUGGUCCUCGAAAUGGCGCACUAAUUCUGCGAUCCAAGUAUACGUCUGAUAUUUUGCCUUGGAUGCAUGGUGGAGGACAGGAAAAGAAACUUAGAUCUGGGUGCAAAACAUUCUACGCAAGCAGUGGGUCAGCUUGCCACUCGGGUGCAAUAAGUCCUGUUUUGCUUGCAUGUGGAAUCAGUAAAGAAAUGGCGGAAAGAACAGUACGAUUCAGCUUUGGCAGAGAAACGACAAAUGAGGAUGUGGAUCGGGUGGUGAAAGAGUUGAAAGCGAUGAUGUUUCUGGCAAAACAUGGAAGUUCGCUGAUGAAUGUCAUAAAUGCGGGUCCCGUUCCGGGAUUCUGA